AGAACACAACUGACAAAUCCUAUCUAUCAGUUCAGUCCAACCAGAAAAACAGAACGAAAGUCCAAUGGCCUAAAACCCUAAUCCCCAAUCAAAAACUCCCAAUUUUUUUACGAACCCAAAAUCCAUGCUCCAUUUUCCCUUCUGCUACAAUCCAACCCACCAUUCACUCUCCCCAUGUUCCACAGACUCGGUUUCUCUCUCACACGCGCCUCUUUCAACCUCCGUUCCCCAUUUCUCCACAUCAACAAAUCCCCAACCUCCCCAAUUCCCUCACAAUUCACUCCAAAAUCAAAAACUUGCAUAUCAGUAGCAUUCCAUACCAAAAUGAGUGAUACCCACAAACCCAAAUCGUCAAUCCCACAUCUUGACAAAGCCACAAAACCCGAGUUGAUUCGAGCCCUCGAAUCCUCCCUAGGUUCUUCAUUUAGCUCAAACCCAAUUUGUCCACCUCCAAAUCCUUUAGUUAUUGUCAUCAGUGGCCCUAGUGGUGUUGGUAAAGAUGCUGUGAUCAAGAAAUUAAGAGAAGUUAGAGAGAGUUUGCAUUUUGUUGUGACUGCAACCAGUAGGCCAAUGAGAGCUGGUGAAGUUGAUGGGGAAGAUUAUUUUUUUGUGUCUAAGGAAGAGUUUUUAUGUAUGGUUGAAAGAAAUGAGCUUUUGGAGUAUGCACUUGUUUAUGGUGAUUAUAAAGGGAUACCCAAGAAUCAGAUUCGGGAUUUUAUGGCGAAAGGGUGUGAUAUUGUGUUGAGGGUUGAUAUUCAAGGAGCUCAGACUUUGAGGAAGAUUUUGGGGAAUUCUGCUGUGUUUAUAUUUUUGAUGGCGGAGAGCGAAAUGGAGCUUGUUGAGAGGUUGAUUGAUAGGAAGACUGAGACGGCUGAGGCUUUGCUUGUUAGAGUUUCUACGGCGAGAGAGGAGAUUAAGCAUGUUAAGAAUUUUGAUUAUGUUGUUGUUAAUGGUCAGGGGAAGUUGGAUAGUGCUGUGAAGCUUAUGGAAUCUAUUAUUGAUGCUGAGAAGGCGAAGGUUCGGCAAAGAAGGGCUGUGAUUUAAUCAAUAUAUUCUUUCAGUUUUGCUCUUGAGGAGAAAUGAAAUUAUCAAAGCCAUAUUGACAGGUUCUCUUGGGUAAUUUGCAGUUUCUGCUCGCUAUGCAGAUAUACCUGCUUAGAACCAAACUAUUUGAACUUGUACCCUGGGAAGUAGCAAUAAGGAGAGUGAGGAGCUUUGGGCUGGUCAUUUCAUAAUUUCAAGCUUGUGUACAGUACUAACAACAGGAAAUUUUUUGUCCUAUAUAUUUUAUAUUUAACAGCAAAAUUUUGUCCUAUAUAUUUUAUAUUUAACAGAAAAAUUUUGUCGUUUA